AUGAAUUCGAAUAAACUGCUGCUACGAUAUUCCAAGGUAAUUUCCCGCAAUUUAAGAAAUGUACCUAAAUUUGAUGAUUCAGAAAUUCUAGCUCAAAAGGUUAAUUUACAAGAUUUUAAGUCCAAGAGAUCGAAUUUUAAGAAAUUGCCUGGUGAUAAAAGUAUCAACUAUAGAAAUGUCAUUAUUAGAAGAUUGAACUUUUUGAAAGUUGGAUUCAUUACAGCGGUUUUCACAGCUACUGCUGCAGGUUCUGCCUUUUAUCUUUAUCGACACAAUUAUGAGAAUAAAUCAAUGAUAGAGGAUUCCCUUGUGAAACCAGCCCUGAAGAAAAAGAAAAAGAAGCUAUCUGUCCCGUUCAUUCCUCUUGAUAGCGAAUUAGGCUUGUCUGUGCCGGGAUUGUAUUACUGGGGAGAUCGUGACUUUCAGGAUGAAUCGUGGACAGGAAUUCCCAAAAGAGUAAAGCUUUUUGAUGGUAUGAUACUUAAGGAUGUCUGUUUGGUUAAUGAUAGACAUAAUCUCGUAAUCGAUAAAAACGGAGAUUUAUUUAAUUGGGAAAUUUCGAAUGAACGGUUGAAAUUGGUUUUAUCAAGACAGAAUUUGGUUCACAUUAAAGAAUCAAAUAAUUGUUGUUACGCAUUGAAUGGCAAAGGCCAGAUUCUUGUUAUACCUUUGAAAGAAAUCGAUAAUUUGACUGACAAGUUUAUAAAAUAUGAAAAUAUAACAUGGUUCAAUAUACCCUGGUUAAAGAGAGCGAGAUAUAAUCUAGUUAUUGACACAUCCAAAAUUUUCGAUCGUCAAAGGAAAGAAUCGAAAAUUAUUCAGUUUGAUACCGGAGAAAAUCAUCUAGCAUUGGUGUCAAAUGUUGGGAAAGCUUAUACAUGUUCUACUGGAUAUUCUAGUAAUAACGAUUCGAAGAAAAAAUCAUUUGGUCAAUUUGGUUUGCCAAACUUUUCACAAUUUGAUAAUAUUCCACCUACUAAUGAACUAUUUGAAGUCGAAUUACUGAAUAAUAUUGUGAAAAUGAGUUGUGGUAAGUAUCAUACAUUAGCUAUUGAUUCUCAAGGUAACUUAUUCACUUUUGGCCUCAAUAGAAAUGGACAGUUGGGUUUCCUCAUUACCUAUGAAAAUGAAUUUCUGCCGUAUCCAAGAAUGAUAUCUAAUAGAGGUAUAAAGCAGUAUUUUACUGGUAAUAGAGAUACAUUAAGCUAUAUUGACAUUAAUUGCUGUAGUGAAACAUCGUUUAUUACAGUAUUGAACCCUAUUACGAAACAAAUUAACUAUUUUUCAUUUGGUAAUGGGUUAAAUGGUGAAUUAGGAAAUGGUCAUUUUAAAAAUUCAGAGUUUGAGCCAAAAUUAAUUAAAUUUCUUCAGGAUACAAAUGUUACAAAUUGGAUUUGUAAUAAAGACAGUAACCAUAUAUUUGUCACUACUACAGAUGGUAUAGUGAAAGGGUGGGGUUUGAAUGACAGAGGGCAAAUUGGUACAGUACAAAAGACAAAGAAAUAUAAAAUUUCUCAACCGAUAACGAUACCGUCAAUUUUGGAGCCAGGUAUUGAAUUUGAAAAAAAUUUAGAUAGCUUAUUAAAAUUAGAUGGAACAAGGCAUAAAUUAAGUGUUGGCAAAGAAAGUAGUUGUCUAUAUUGCGUUAAAAAUUGA